UAGAGUGCGUGGGUUACCUGUGCAGGGCCGGUGACCCGGUAACUUGGAUCAAAUGCUCUAAAAUGGGAAAGGUAAAGAAAAGCCGUCAAAAACUGCACUUAAAAGCUGUUAAAUUUGGACAAGAUAAUCUUAAGAAGGACCCCUUACAGGCCAAUGAGUCAUCCUUGCCGUCCAUAUUCCCUACUUCUGGGCUCUUCGCUGCAGUUGACACUUCAAAAAGGGAAGAAGAAAAAUCUGGUGUUGCAAAUUCCACUAAACCUCAGAAGGUGUCCAAGACAGAUAAGAGAAAAGAAAGACAUGUGCAGUUUUUAAAAAAGCUUCAUGCUGGUAAGCUUGUUGAGGAAAGUAUAAAGAAAGCCGAAAAACGAGCUCAAACUGCCAUUGUUGGGGAUAUUGAACCAUUACUGUCAUCCUUGCCUGUAAUCCGCUUGGCAGCAGCAACUAAUCAAGAAGGGCAAAAUUCAAAGUCACAGAGGAGCAACUGUAAUGAAAAGACUAUGAAGCGGAGAAAGAAGUCUAGGUUAAAAUCUCAAUUGGCUGAUAUUAAACAGUUUCAGCAGGUGGUUAAGCAUCCAGCAUAUCAAGCCAACCCAAUAGACACCAUCACAGAGCAUAUACACAACAUAAUAGCCAGAGAAAAUGAGCUGAACACUCGCUGAUAACACAAAUGGUGAAAUCAUUGAGCCUAAAGGAAGUCAUUUUAAUAUUGAAUACACAAAAAAGAAAGCUCUGGGGUAAGGGACACUGAUCAUGUAAGAUGCUGUGUAUUGCAGUGUUUCUCAGGUUACCUUACCGUAUUUUUUUCAGUUGCACCACAUGAGCCACUUGUAUGGUGGAGACACUUAUAUGUUAGAGGUGCUUAAUUUUUAAUUCUUUAUCUCUGGACAAAAAGUGCUCUUUUACAACAUAUACAGAAGUAAAAAUCCUCCCAGGACCAUAACAAAACCUGAUUAAAUUGUUAUAGCAUUUUUUGGCAUGUGGUACUGCCCAUAUUUUUACUUCCCAUCUUAUGUGUGUGCAAAUUUUGCAUAUAGAGAAUGGUAACUUUUCGCAAUUUUGUUUCUCUGAAUAAAAAAAAAUAUAGCAAAUAUAGAAUCGUUCUAUAUAUCAAGGUUUACUUUGCAACUAGACCCUGCGCACAGGGUUGACUGGGAUACCUGAGAUCUGCAACUUGUUUGUGUGACCUGUAUGACAAAGAUUUUACUGCCUACUUUGGAUAUAAUAAAAAAAUAUAUAUAUAAUCUUGUUUUUUAUUGUAAAUGCCAUAUCACAACACUGAUUGGGGCAAAAAAAGGUAAGAGCAUCAUCUCUUCAGGUGUGGGGUGGACUCGAGGUGUGCUCCAUGAGAGUAGACAGGGCUGAUUGUCCCAUCUUCAAAUACUAUCCCCACAUCAGAGUUAGCAUCGAAAUAAGAUUAAGGAAAGCUGAGAGUGUGUUUAAAAAUUGUUAUUUCUUAACUUUGGUUCACUGCCCUCAAUGUGCUAUCACUUAGGGGUAAAUUUAUUUUAACACCCAAAGUAAGUCCUAUUGUAUAAACAAUAUAAUUUUAUUGAAAUAUAUUAUUUUAUUUAUGUAAGUUACAAGUAAACAAAUACAAUUAUUUAUUUUGAAGUCAAAUGAGAGGGCUAUAGAAUAUCCAGACUUGAUUGAAAUUUAUAGAGCAUACACAUAUUUUCAAGAUAAACAACACUACAAAAAUAUUACAAAUCUCUAGAUUUUAUUGAAAAUGUUCCAUGAAAAUAAAAUGACAUUCAAUGAGGGAUAAAGGUAUUUCAGGGAAAUAAUAAAACUUAAGCUUAUCUAAAGGAAGCACCAAAGUACCAAAUAUUUUUCACUUAGAUGACUUACAACACCUAUGCUGUACUUUAUUAAAAUCGACAUGGUUAAAAUGAUGAGAUUCAAUGAGAGAGAUCAAGAUAUUUUAUAGUAAGAAAAUAAAGUUCAUGUAAAGUAGCAGAUUCAUCGACAAAGUGAUUUGUAGGAGACGAUUUCUAUUAAUUGUUACAAACUACUUCCACUUCAAAAUAGAUUAAGCUCUUGGGAAUUGCAUUGUGCAAAUCGCGAGACGACAGAAAAAAAAAACAGUUGCAUUUUAUGACUGGGCUACCACAGGUAUCCCAGUAAUUAUGUUUAUGACAUAAUUGCUAAAUCCUACUUACAGAAUAAUUGCAAAACCCAACCUUGGUAAAAAGAAGUUAACUUCUAUAUUUUGCAGCUAUAUCAAAAACAUAAUUGCAAAACCCAACCAUCAUACUUGCAAUAUUUUUAUUUCUGAGAAACAAUUGCAAAAUGCUAUGAUCCUCUAUAGAAGCAGUUAACUACGAAAUUUGCUAAUGUGUUUUAUCCCCCAUGUAAUGUUCAAUCUCCCUAUUCAUCAGAGCUGCUUAUUCAUCUGCAGGCACUUAUUCACAUUUAUCCUUAUCAUAUUUUAGGCAAGGCACUUAUUCGGUAAGGCCCACAUUUGGGGAGGCGCUUAUUCAAGCAUUUAUGGAAGUUAUAUGGGUGUGGCAAUGACUGAUAUUAGAAUUUGCUAAAUUCUAUGAUAUAGUAGUCUCAGUUAACACACACUGUUGUGUCUUGUAUGAAUUAAAGCUAGAAGUCCAAUAAUAAAAAUGAUGUGUUACGUU